AAGUAAGGCAUCGAGCUCGAGCUCGCCCGGGCCAAAAAAGAGGCUACAGCUAGCGCAAACUCAUCUGAGUGUCGCGUUUGAUCAUCCGCAGCACUGUGAGCCCGCCGCAUCCGCCGCAGCGGACACAUGGCUUCUCUCGAGUUCCCCGCGCCGGCCAGGGCGGUGAACGAGCCCAUCGCAGCGAGCGCGCCCCCGGCCCCGAAUCACCCCCUCGCCGCGCGGCUGAAGCCCGACGCCGGCCGCACGGCGAAGCUGCAGGAGGUACGCGCGGUGUACGGCAGCGGCCUCGCGAUGCGUUUAGCAGGAGAAGACGCGAUGGCGUCGGAGGUCGCCCGCCUGCCGGGACUCGAGUCGUCGCACGUCCUGCGCGACACGAUCCGCGGCGACGCCGAGUCGCUCGGCUUCGAGGACGUGCUGAACCUGCCGUCCGAGGCGGCCGAAGCGCCGAAGGCGUCGCUCCACGACCGCGCGGAACGGCUCUACGGCAUCGGCGGCGGCGGCCCGGAAAUUAUCUAGUCUGAGAGAGAGAGGAGCGUGUGUAAUUAUCAUUCAUCCGUA